AUUACCGCAGUACCUAACGUGGAUCGCAGAUGACGCAUGCCUUGGCAAGCAGACACAGCCUACUGUCUGUAUGUGUGUGUCUGUGUGUGUAUGUGUGUGCUCACAAACGUCUACGUUGCCUCUCGUGCGUGAGUGUGAGAGAGAGUGUGCGUGUGUGUGUUUGUGGGAGGGGUUCACAGAAGGAAAGUGCAGCAAAUCCUGUCAUUUUCUGGAGUAAUGGUAGUAGGUCAGAACGGUUGAGGACCCAGCGAGCGAGCAGGAAGGAGGAAGGAAAAGGAAAGGAAAGGAGAGCGCUGGGUCUUGGAAUGGGACGCGCUCCAGGAGAUCUCGUUGGCGCGCAGUUCCCCUUUCCUCGGUUCGUCCAGUGCUCCGCGGAGCCCCUCUCUACAAGUCCUGUUCCCAUGCCAGAGCACGCAGCUGUCUAUCUGUCUCUCUCUACUACUGCUGUUGUGAGGAAAUGUCUUCCGUGACGAAUGGCAUAUACUUUUCUCCUUUUGAAGUGUAAGCGCACAACCCUGGACGCGGGUGAACUUUUAAUGGACAGAUCGACAACGUUUCCGACCUGCGGGACAGAGAAUACACCUGACGGUUUGGUGAACGAAAUCACUGCAAACCGGGACGUUUAGGUUAUUAGGAAUGUGGAAAACAAGUCCGGGUCAACGGUGGUGAAUCAACCGUCAGUUCCCCCCGACUCCAACCAUGACCACUGGCCUGAACCUGACUUCCCUGCUGAACGUCACCGAGCUACACAACCAAAGCCGAGGAUGUUCCCUGACCAAGAGCUUCCAGUUCUACUACCUGCCCACCGUCUACAUCAUGGUGUUCCUGACGGGGCUGGUGGGCAACAGCCUGGCUAUCUGGAUGUUCGUGUGCCACAUGCGCCCCUGGAGUAGCAUCUCCGUGUACAUGUUCAACCUGGCGCUGGCCGACUUCUGCUACGUGCUCUCGCUGCCCUUCCUCAUCUUCUACUACUUCAACAAGACCGACUGGAUCUUCGGCGACGUCAUGUGCCGCCUGCAGCGCUUCAUCUUCCACGUCAACCUGUACGGCAGCAUCCUCUUUCUCACCUGCAUCAGCGUGCACCGCUACAGCGGCGUGGUGCACCCGCUCAAGUCCCUGGGCCGGCUCAAGAAAAAGAACGCCGUGAUCAACAGCGCCCUGGUGUGGGUGGUGGUGAUCGUGGGCAUCUCGCCCAUCCUGUACUACUCCCGGACGGGGCCGAAGCGCAACGCCACCACCUGCUACGAUACCACCACGGAAGACGAGCUGCCGGGCUACUUCAUCUACAGCAUGUGCAUGACUGUGUUCGGCUUCUGCAUCCCCUUCCUCAUCAUCCUCGGCUGCUACGGCAUGAUCGCCAAGGCGCUGAUCAGCAACGACAUGAACAACGCGCCGUUGCGCCGCAAGUCCAUCCACCUGGUGAUCAUCGUGCUGGCCGUGUUUGCCAUCUCCUACCUGCCCUUCCACGUCAUGAAGAACCUCAACAUGAGGGCCAGGCUGUACUUCCAGAGCCCCGAUAUGUGCGACUUUAACAACCGGGUGUACGCCACCUACCAGGUGACGCGCGGCCUGGCCAGCCUCAACAGCUGCGUGGACCCCAUCCUGUACUUCCUGGCCGGGGACACCUUCCGGAGGAAGCUGUCGCGCGCCACCAAGAAGAACUCCAGGAAGGGCGACGGCCAGCCACACUCCAAGAGCGAAGAGACGGCACUCAACAGCCUGGCGGAGCAUGGGGAGAACGGGGACAGGAGGCUCUGACCUGGGCCAAGACAUAAGCCAGGACCUGGGCCCGGACAUAGGCUGGGACAUGGACUCUGAACUGGGGUCUGACCUGGGCCGGACAUGGGCCUGGACAUAGGCUAGGACCUGGGCUAGGAAAUGGGCCCGGACCUGGUCUGGGACAUGGGCUAGGACGUGGGCCUAGACUUUGGCCUGGACUUGGGCCCCUGACUUUGGCACUGACCUAGGCUUGGACCUAGGCCUGGACCUGGGGCUGGACUUUGGCCUGGACAUUGGCCCGUAAGAGGGCCAGGACCUGGGCUCUGAACUAGGCCCGGACCUGGGAGCUGACCUAGGCCGGGACCCAUGGGCCCUGAUCUGGAUCCAGUCCUGGGCCUGAACAUAGUCUUGUGGGGUGUGUGUGUUUGCAACAUAUUAGGUCUGCAUAUUUGUGGCCUCCCGAUAUGCACAGUACUGUUGUGUAUGGUGCAGGCAACAGAUGUAUCUCUGUUGUGUGCGUGUGAACAGAUGAAUCUCACAUCCAGCUCUUGAUUUCUAUAGUUGCUAUCUAUGAUCUGUAAAAUGCACCUUGGGUUUUGUUAAAUAUUGUAUGAUUUUAGCAGAAAAAAUGGAUGUCAUUUUUCCGACGCAUCGAUGAUAAUGUUAGUGACGAUGUUUGAUUGACCAUUACUUGGGACAGCCUUCAGUUAUGUAUUUAUAAAUCUGUCCCCUUAAUACUUCUUAUCCUUACCAUACCAUUUCUAAUUCCCUUAUCCUCAAACAACCCCUAAAGACGUAUCCCAUUUUACCAUGACGAUUAUGCCGUCAUUACAUUAACCUUGACAAAAUCAUGAGCUUGAAGCAUUCCCAAAGUUUAAUCGUUGGAUAUUACUGCUAUUCAAAUACCUUUUGAGAAUAUCAGAAAAUUACCCAUUUUUCAUUCUGCUUCAAAUUUGACUUUCUAAGUGUGAUCAAGUUCCAUACUUAACAUACCUCAAACAGCGUUGCCAAGCAUCAGUGUUGCAGAUGUGCGGGGGAGGGCUGGAGGAGAGGGGGGGGGGGGGGGGGGUACAAUGCAUAGUUUCUAAAUAAUAAUUGAUCUAGCUGUUGAUUAAAACAGAUGUGUAAUUUGAUCCAGGAGUACAAACGGUCCUACUAUGAAGGAUUCUGCUGAUCAAAGCAAGAGGCCCAAAGGGAUUUGUUGUAUGUUCUGGACAAUAAUGUAAGUCUGGCCUCGAGUUAAGUUAAUCUUUCUGCCCUGCACUAAACCCAAUAUAUUCCUAAACAGAAGAAAGACGUAUAUUACCAACCAGAUGAAAGAUAGAAAGCGGUCUACCUAUUAAUCUUGAGUCCCUGCACUUCAUAAAAUCUGGGGUACGGUCAAACUACGGGCAAAACAUUUUGGAUAAUGGGACUUUUCAGAAAUCCGUAGGCAGCAGAACCGACUAUGGAAAAUGAAAAAUGUAACCUCUUCUUAUUUUAACACACGAUUUUAAACCUAUGGUUAACAUGCAUGUAACCUCCCCCUGGCGGCCUUAUAUUACACAUUACCUUUCCCUUGGGGAAAAAUAGAUGAAGGGGAAAAUUUUGAUACUCAAAAAAAUAUAGAAAGGUCAGCUGGUGGAGAGGGGGGAGGUGCUGGACCUGUAUCAACAUCUGCUUUCUAUUCUUAAGAAAUACAAGAUGAAAAUGUUCUAUGUUUUCGUAUAGGGUGUCAUACAAAAUGCUGUGGGAGCCAAUUCAUAUAAACUGGUUGGAUGCCCCCACAUUGAUUGAAUUGCCUGUGUAUAGAAACAUCACCUAGAGGCUAGAAGUGUUGAAACGAAUAAAGAAAAACAAAAAUAGCUAACAAUAGUCACUGACUUUCAGAUUGAUGAUAACCGUGUAUUUCCGUGCGUAAUUGUUUCAAAUGAAAGCAGCCUACUUUACAAAUACCUUCAUGUACUGUAAGCUUCGACCCGUCACUCUCCUCAGCAGGCCUUGUCCUGUCGUCUGUGGUUGUGCUGAAUCUGUUGGAGUUUAACCUCACUAUAACAGAAUGAAUGAUUAAUAGGUUGCCUGUUCCCUUGAUCCUCCGUUUAUUAACAUGAUGUGAUAAGGAGCCGCCAUGUGACGUGUCUCGCUGAAGAGACACAUUUGGUGUGAUCAAUAACUUCAAGGCAGGCAUGGGUUUAAUGGUGUGUGUGUUUGUGUGUGUGUGUGUGUGUGUGUGUGUGUGUGUGUGUGUGUGUGUGUGUGUGUGUGUGUGUGUGUGUGUGUGUGUGUGUGUGUGUGUGUGUGUGUGUGUGUGUGUGUGUCAGUGUGUACGGUACUGUACGCGGUGUCAGCAGGGAAAUGCAAUAGUCCACUGGUUCUCAAACUGUGGUAGGCCUACGCGAUGCGCUACGAGUGGUACGCAGAAGGAUUUUCCCAACAAAAGAAAAAAUAUACAUUUGGAGGUCCUCUUCUUCUCCAGUGUUCUAUUGAAUAGACCACUCGGAGGAGGAGGACCUCCAGACAUGGUAAUGCACUAUAGCCUUCUGCUGCGCCGUCAAACUCCUUUCCCGCUGAUUCCCUGUCUGUUACGGGAGGACACAAGUGGGGAACAGGGGAGGACUGGGCAGGAGUAACGCGGUAUGCCCGGUAUGACAGACCCUUUGAUGUAUGAUGUAUUGGUUAAAGUCAGCCUGCUAACACAAGAUGAUUCGUUCUUUGCUCCAGUGCCUCCAGUUGCUCAUGUAUUGUGCUACGAUGUCGCCGUAAUGUGUGGCCCCGAGGAAGUGAAGUGAAGUGAAAAAAUGAAAAUGUCCGGUAUAUAACACUGUAAUGAAUGUCUAAACGUGUUCUGUGCGUAACGUUGUGGCGUGGGAAACGUGUCCACGUGCAGUUGUUAUUGUUUUGUGUCGAGUUUCAGAGGCUCUGACUGAUUCUAGCUGUUGUUGCAUGAGUCCUCUGUCAGAGGCCAUUAAAGGAACUUUAACAGAUGUCUAACCACAA